CCAACCGGCAAAGCACCGAGGGCAUCUGGGCAUUGCACCGACCACCAAAAAACGCAGUUUAGAUAGCCGGCACCAAGCCACCCGGAAGGAAACAGCAAAGCACCAAUCACAAGCGAGAUCACUAAUGCCAAAGGCCGUCAUUUCCUCCCUCCAUCGGCUGGCCAUGGCGGAGCACGGAGCUGAAUGUCGCUGGCUGGCAUCGCCACACCCAAGCGUGCUCGCUCCAUCGACGGAGAGGACAGUUAUGCACAUGCAUCUGAAGAAAUUGUCAUCCCUUUUUGCCGCUCUCUGGUGCACAUUGCAAGUGUUUUCGUGGCGAAGAAGCAGGCAGCGUGGUACCUGUAUUCUUACACAAGAUGGCUGUGUGGCGCCGACACAAUCUCCUGACACAACUUACCUGACACAACUUACCACAGUCCCUGAUAUUUUCUUCUUUAUGGAACAUUGUGAAAGACCCAGACCAACAUGGCUGUGCGGCCACUGACAUCACCUCUCCACACAUCCUUCUGACACAGCCUUCUGACACAGCCUUCUGACACAGCCUUCUGUCACAUCCUUCAGACAAUCCUCACAGCAACUUGAUAUUUACUUCAAGAUGGAAGAUUGUGUAAGGACCAUACUCUCUACCUGAAGACGUUUGACAAAUGUCUAACAGUUGGGGAGAGCUCGUCUCUCCAAAUGGCGACGUGCGAUGGAAAUUUGAAUCAAAGAUGGAUGUUCGAGAAAUCAAAAUUUGAAAACCAACAGAUAAACCGUCAUUCAUGAACACAUUCAUCAUUCAGAACAGACGCCGAAAUUCGCUGUGCAGAGUUGCGUCCCUUCGGCACGCCAGAAACCUAUGAUUGUGGGUUCGAAUCCCGGUUCGCCUUGAUUAUGUCUUAGGUUUGUCAGCACCA